UACUUCUACAAGCAAAGGAAGGAAAUUAGAAGAUAAUGAGAUUGUGAAUUUCACAUUUUCCUCUGUUCUCAACUGGAAAGUCCCAAAUAUUGUUCGUUUCUCUACUAAAAGAUGUGGAGAGAUUGGUAGGCUUCCGAUGGAGUGGUCUAAUUGGGCUGUGUGCCUUUUGAGAUCUGGUAAGGUCAAAAUGCUUGGAAGAUGUGUAGCGGCACCAGCGAUGCUUACAAUGAUGCAAGAAAUUAUGUUAUAUGUCAGUUUUUACAUUCACAGCUCGAUAUUCACUGAUGUUAGCAAAUCCACUUGGCGGAUUGGUUCUUCCCCGAACAUCGAUUCAACGCUUCAUCCUCUUCUCCAGCUUUUCAAACACUUGACAAUCAAACCUUAUCAAAAGGCGGAGUUUACUCCUGAGGAACUUAACUCUCGUAAACGUUCGCUGAAUUUGGAGAAUGACUUUGACGAAAGAGCAGCAUUGCUGGCCAUAGCGAAAAGAAGAAAAGGUUGUCCACAGUCUCUGGAGCAGAACAAAGAUGAAGAAGAUGCUCCUGAGUCAUAUAUGAAUCGGAUUGUCGGCGCUGUAGAUUCAUAUAACCUAGAGGAAAUGGAAGCUCCAAGUCCACUCACGUGUAACCUGAGACCGUACCAGAAACAAGCCCUCUACUGGAUGUCAGAAUCUGAAAAAGGAAUUGAUGUUGAAAAGGCAGCUGAAACUCUACAUCCUUGCUGGGAGGCUUAUCGAAUAUGUGACGAGAGGGCACCUUCAAUAUAUGUGAACAUCUUCAGUGGUGAAGCAACAAUCCAGUUUCCAACAGCAACACAGAUGGCAAGAGGCGGAAUAUUGGCAGAUGCCAUGGGACUUGGAAAAACUGUGAUGACAAUAGCACUAAUACUUGCACGGCCUGGCCGAGGUAAUCCAGAAAAUGAAGACGAUAUGGCGGCAGAUGUUAAUGCAGAUAAACGCAAGAGGAAGGAAAGCCAUACCGCACUAACAUCUGUGAAGGCAAAAGGAGGCACUCUUAUUAUUUGUCCUAUGGCAUUGUUAAGCCAAUGGAAGGACGAGCUUGAGACUCAUUCAAAGCCUGACACCGUGUCUGUAUUGGUUUACUAUGGAGGGGACAGGACACAUGACGCGAAAGCAAUAACGAGUCAUGAUGUUGUCUUGACAACUUAUGGUGUCUUAACAUCGGCUUACAAGCAGGAUAUGGCGAACAGUAUCUUCCACAGGAUUGAUUGGUACAGGAUUGUUCUUGAUGAAGCUCAUACAAUCAAAUCUUGGAAAACUCAAGCUGCUAAAGCUACGUUUGAGUUGUCCUCACAUUGCAGAUGGUGUCUGACUGGGACUCCCUUACAAAACAAACUCGAAGAUCUUUACAGUCUUCUAUGCUUCCUGCAUGUCGAACCAUGGUGCAAUUGGGCUUGGUGGAGUAAGUUGAUUCAGAAGCCGUAUGAAAAUGGUGAUCCACGAGGAUUGAAGCUGAUCAAGGCGAUUCUGAGGCCAUUAAUGCUGAGAAGAACAAAGGAAACAAGGGACAAAGAAGGAAGUCUAAUCCUUGAACUUCCUCCAACCGAUGUCCAAGUCAUUGAAUGUGAACAAUCUGAAGCAGAACGGGACUUCUAUACUGCCCUUUUCAAAAGAUCCAAAGUCCAAUUUGACCAGUUUGUUGCACAAGGAAAAGUUCUUCACAACUAUGCAAACAUUCUCGAACUCCUCCUCCGUCUACGCCAAUGUUGUAACCACCCUUUUCUAGUUAUGAGCCGAGCAGAUUCACAACAGUACGCUGACUUGGAUUGUCUAGCAAGGAGGUUUCUUGAUAACAACCCUGACUCUGUCUCCCAAAAUGCUCCUUCUCGGGCAUAUAUCGAAGAAAUAAUCCAAGAUUUACGUGAUGGCAAUAGCCAAGAAUGUCCAAUCUGUUUGGAGUCUGCAGAUGAUCCCAUUCUCACACCUUGUGCACAUAGAAUGUGCCGGGAAUGUCUCCUUUCUAGCUGGCGGUCUUCGUCUUGUGGUCUAUGCCCUAUCUGCAGGACGGUCCUGAAGAGAACCGAGCUGAUCUCAUGCCCGACAGAUAGUAUAUUCCGUGUUGAUGUGGUAAAGAACUGGAAGGAGUCUUCGAAGGUUUCAGAGCUGCUCAAAUGUUUAGCGAAGAUCCAGAAAUCUGGUUCGGGCGAGAAGUGCAUAGUCUUUAGCCAGUGGACUUCAUUUUUGGAUCUUUUGGAGAUUCCAUUGCGAAGAAGAGGAUUCGAGUUUCUGAGAUUCGACGGGAAGCUGGCUCAGAAGGGAAGAGAAAAGGUUUUGAAAGAGUUCAAUGAAACCAAACAGAAAACAAUUCUGCUUAUGUCUCUGAAAGCUGGAGGAGUUGGUCUGAAUCUAACUGCAGCUUCAAGUGUCUUCUUAAUGGAUCCAUGGUGGAAUCCAGCGGUGGAAGAGCAAGCGAUCAUGAGAAUUCAUCGAAUCGGGCAGAAACGAACAGUUUGCGUCAGAAGAUUCAUUGUCAAGGGUACAGUGGAGGAGCGGAUGCAGCAAGUUCAAGCGAGGAAGCAGCGGAUGAUCGCCGGAGCUUUAACAGAUGAAGAAGUCCGGUCGGCAAGACUUGAGGAGCUGAAAAUGUUGUUCCGAUGAGAGACGCAUUCGUUGUUAGUUAGUUAGUCUUUAGCGUUUAGGAGAAAGGCUUUUGUUUUGCUUUCUUGUAAAUUAUUGGUACAAGUUAUUUAUCUUUCUCUCUACUAGCCAGUUACAAGUUAUUUAUCUUUUGCCGAUUGGUCGAAUCAUAUAGUGUUUCUUUUU